CAGAAGAAAAAUUAUAUCAUCGCCCGCGAAGGUAACACUUUUACUUAAAAAGAGUGAUGACAAGCUUUCUGUGAAAAUGUCAAAAAAUGCAAACGUCAUGAGGCGUUAGCCACUAUUAUUCCUCUGCAAAUCAAAGCACCUGUCGUUUGUCAGCCAUGCCAGAGUUUUACUGCGCACGGAGCGAAUGAAAAUUGGACGAGAACGCCAAUAUCUUUCUGAUAGCAUUUUCCUGUGAAUAAUUAAGCGUACUUCAACAGCUUAUCGAAUUUCAAGUUCCUUCCUCAAUAAGGGUAUUCUAUAGGGAGCUUAAAGCCUGGAAGUAUCGAUGUGCAAGGCCUGAGACAAAUCGAGCACAAUGCAGAAUUGAGAACAGCAAUUUCCGGACAGCCAAGACUUAAAGAUCACGGAAUAUUAAGACCUAAGAAAAGACAUUUACACAACUUCCACGUUUUUUAGGCUUCAAGCUGUUUUAAACCAUUCUUACUAAUAAGCAAUCAUGUCGAGAGAGACCUCAACUACAUCACCACCUACAAUUCAAGCCGGGAACGGAGAAUCAAUAGAUUCUGAUGACGCGACAUGGAUUCUGACGAGCGCCUUUAUUAUUUUCACAAUGCAAUCAGGUUUCGGUCUUCUCGAAUCCGGAAUGGUGUCUAGAAAAAACGAAGCCAAUAUAAUGGUCAAAAACGCGGUGGAUGUCAUUUACGGUGGACUUUCUUAUUGGCUUUUUGGAUUUGCACUCAGUUUUGGAAAACAACAAAUUGGGAAUGGUUUCAGCGGUUUGGGAUAUUUUCUGACAGACGCAAACGAAAGCGAAAUGGGGCAGGUGUUCUCAAAGUAUUUUUUUCAGCUCUCUUUUUCAACGACGGCGACUACCAUUGUUUCCGGCGCAAUGGCGGAAAGAACAAACUUAAAAGCCUAUACACUUUACUCGUUUUUGAACACUUUGACGUACACACUCCCUGCUCACUGGAUUUGGGCUGAAAAUGGCUGGCUUCGGAGAAUGGGAGCAGUUGACAUCGCCGGUUGCGGAGCUGUACAUUUAGUCGGAGGUAUGAGUGGAUUGGUAGCGACGAUGAUAUUAAAGCCCCGAACGGGAAGAUUUGAUACAAAUUCUCCACCUCUGCAGAUGGCCUCCCCGACAAAUGUUCUCCUGGGAACUUUCAUGUUAUGGUGGGGUUGGUUGGGUUUCAACUGUGGCAGUACAUUUGGAAUCAGUGGCAUGAAAUGGAAACUUGCGUCAAGGUCAGCUGUAGUUACAAUCAACGGCUCUAUUGGCGGAGGGAUACUGGGCAUGCUGUACAGCUACGUCUUCUUCAAAAAGAAGAUAGAUAUUCCGACGUUUGUAACCGGGAUUUUAGCAGGGCUCGUCAGUAUUACAGCCAUUUGUUCCCUUGCUCGCCCAUGGGAAGCUCUCCUUAUUGGUGCAAUCGGUGCCAUGUUGGCCUGUCCCGGAUGUGCUCUUCUUGAAUGGCUCAAAAUCGAUGAUCCUGUCAGCUGUGUUCCGACUCAUGGUUUGGCAGGGAUCUGGGGCCUAGUUGCUGUUGGCUUGUUUGCUGAGAAAGACAUACUGGAACGUAGAUUUUCCAACGAGUUUGGAGUCUUCAAAGGUGGUCCUUGGAGAUUUUUAGGCAUUCAGUUGCUUAUGUCCGUCGUAAUCGCCACGUGGGCCGGUGUCACAACAUUACUGGAGCUACUACUGGUCGAUCGACUGCUUGGACUGCGCAUGAGCGUUGAGGAAGAGUUGCUGGGCGCUGAUAAAGUCGAGCAUGGGAUUGACGAUGACGACAGUCCCGAUACCACCCGCGAGGCGAAGGAGGGAGAAGGAGACCACAACAUGACAAUAGUAGAACUAGAUCUAAACGCCGUGGAAAAAGGUGAGAUUGGCACCGCUUUGUCCAAAACAGACAACGGACGAAAACAUUCGCGCAAAAUAAUCCGUACCAGAAGGAAAUUCCCUCGGCUGAAUUGGCGAAGAGCUGUUUCAUUAAGGAGCUCUGCAUACGAAAACUCUUGCCGUGGUACAUUUUCUUUACAAGACACCUAUAGCAACGGCAGUGUCAAACUGAACGUUAUAACUGAGCAUGCUCAAGAAAACGGAAACCUGCCAACUACAACUGCGAACAGUAAUAUUUUUCAUACAAACUGAUACUGGAAAAAGAAAUUGUUUUAGUUAAAAGAGCAAACCAAGGGGCUACCUUUUAAAUCCUUUUAUCUACUAUAUCAAUUUAGUUCGUGUAACCUUGAAUAAAA